AUGACCAUCUAUGUCUCAAAUGAUCCCACUUGGUGGCCAUUCCUCAGUGGUACUCAGUUUUCUAGCUAUUUUCAAGUUGCAUCUUUCGCUGUGGUGGUGUACGAUUGGGCAUUAACAUUCGCACAAGAGUUCGAACUCAUCUGGGUGAGCAGAGUCCCGUAUCAGAAGCAAAGCAAUGCGGCUAACUCGGGGCAGAGGCAACGCUGGUCCUUCAUGACCAUUCUGUAUAUUUGUGUCCGCUACAUUGGAUUACUAUAUUCUCUGUAUCACCUACGCACUAUUCUUUCUCCCAGUCCCGGUGACAGACAUAGUGAGUAUUCGGCAGCGACGCCUGACACUCCCAUUCUCAUUCAACUACUAACUGCACUCCUACACAGGGGCAACAUCCUUUAUUUCAUAAUCAUAUGGAUACCUGUCGUCGUCAAUGCCAUGCUGGGCGCCAUCAUGAUGACUCGGAUACACGCCAUGUAUGGGCGAUCCAGCAAGAUUCUCAUCUUUCUUGCUGUACUCUUGCUGGUUUUCACAAUUGCCACCGGAGUUGUGUCGGUAAUUGCAAACCUGGGUUAUUCAGGGGGGGAGGCCGUAUUGUCUGGUUACUAUGUCUGUCUUUACAGUCUUAACACAGAUGCGAUAUUUCUGAAUUAUGACGUGGUCAUACCCACCGUAAUAUGGGAGAUCCUCGCCUUUCUUCUUGCAAUCCGGAUUGUUAUAAAACACUUCCGUGAACUGCAACAAUUGCAGAGAGGAUCGACCAUUAGAGACUGUUUCACGGUGCUAAUGCAAAGUCACAUGUUGUACUUUCUAGCCUUUGUUGUCACGGCUUGCUUUUCUCUUGGACAACUGUCUCCAACUAUCACGUUCUCAACUGGUUUGGGAGGUGAUGUGUAUGAUGGCAUUCUCAGCAUUGCCCAGGUGUUACAGAUGUGUGUGCUGGGACCACGUCUGAUCCUCAGCGUUCGUGAAUAUAACACCAAGCUCGUGGCCAAGUCCGACGAGGGAACACACAUGACGUCGAUUGCUUUCCAGGCUGGUGGAGAUGCGUCGACUGGCGGAGAUGUGUAA